AUGCGUGUCACAUCUUACGGAUGGAAUGAUAACGAUCCGCCAAGUGCAGAAAUUGCUUAUCCAAAAAGUGGCGGUUAUCCCACGAAGCAUAAUUCAGCGACAGAAGGUCAAGGAACCUACGAAGAUCCCAUUACAUUUGCAACAGACAAACGUGAACUAGACAUCGGAACUAUGAUUUACGUUCCAUUCUUAAGAAAAUAUUUCAUUAUGGAAGACCUUUGUGCAUCGGCAGUACGAGCAUGGGAUCAAGGACAGUAUCAUGUUGAUUUGUGGAUGGGUCCACAACAUUCAUCCGAUGAACAUAACUUGAACGGUUGUGAGGCGAAGAUAACAAGAACGUCGACUGAUGUGGUUGUUAAUCCUCCACAAGGCUUACCCGUCGAUAAAACACCUCUUUUUUCCAAUAAUCGAUGUACCGCCAAAUUGUUCGAUUAA